AUGCAUCAAAAUUGAUCUCUUAAUUAUGUUAAAGUUUGAAUAUUAAAAAAUUAAUUCAAAAAGUCCAUAGACAUUCAGUCAAAGCAAGUCCAACAGCACAUAGCUGCACGUAGCAUGCGCUGUGAAUUAAAUCAAUGAAAAAGAAAAUUUGUACGCUUGCUAUACCCUCAGUUUGACAUUGUUUUUCUGCGUGUGAGUCAAAUCUGCGAAAAUUCCACAAUCCACAUUUAAAAAACAAAAUUUUAAUAUUUAAUCGACCGAUUUUGAUAGAGAAGGAACCAAGGAAUCAGUCUACAUCAUGUUAUCAUCAAUUGCAAGGAAUUUGGGACGUGCUUCUCAGCGCAACUUCUCAACAACUCCCCAAGUUACAGCCGCAAAAAAGUUGUUUGUUCGAGAUGCACUUAAUGCAGCUAUUGACGAAGAAAUGGAACGAGAUGAGAGAGUAUUUAUCAUUGGUGAGGAAGUUGCACAUUACGACGGUGCCUACAAGGUGACGAGAGGAUUGUGGAAAAAGUAUGGCGAAAAGCGUGUUAUUGACACUCCAAUUGCCGAAAUGGGAUUUACUGGCAUGGCAGUUGGUGCUGCAUUUGCAGGUCUUCGUCCAAUUUGUGAAUUCAUGACAAUGAACUUUGCUAUGCAGUCAAUCGAUCAGAUUAUUAACUCAGCAGCAAAAACAUUCUAUAUGUCAGCUGGAACUGUAAAUGUUCCAAUUGUUUUCCGUGGACCCAAUGGAGCAGCUGCCGGUGUCGCUGCUCAACAUUCUCAAUGCUAUGGUGCAUGGUAUUCACAUUGUCCUGGAAUGAAGGUUAUUGUACCUUAUGAUAGUGAAGAUGCAAAAGGCUUAUUGAAGGCAGCCAUUCGUGAUCCAGAUCCAGUUGUCUCCCUAGAAAAUGAGAUGCUUUAUGGCGUUGCAUUUCCAGUAAGUGAUGAAGUUCUUGAUAAGGAUUUCAUUUUACCGAUUGGAAAGGCUAAAAUCAUGAGACCCGGCAAACACGUCACACUCGUUGCACAUUCGUAUGCAGUUCAAACAGCCUUGGAUGCAGCCAAUGAACUCUCAUCAAAGGGAAUUGAAGCAGAAGUCAUUAAUUUGCGAUCAUUAAGACCUCUCGAUACAGAGACUAUUUUCAAAUCAGUACAAAAGACUAAUCAUUUAGUCACCAUUGAACAAGGCUGGCCACAAUGCGGUAUUGGAUCUGAAAUUUGUGGACGUAUUAUGGAGCAUGAGACUUUCUAUCACCUUGAUGCUCCAGUUUGGAGAGUAACUGGCGCUGAUAUUCCAAUGCCAUACACAAAGUCCCUCGAAGCUGCCGCAUUACCACAGGUCCAUGACGUCAUUCAUGCAGUCAACAAAGUCCUUGGUGUUAAAUAAGCUAAUAUAUCUCAUGGAAUUAAGUAAUCACUUCACAAAAACAAUGUUUAAUCCUUCAAUACCGAUAUUAUUAUUAUCACCGUUUUUAAAUAAUUUUGUGUUUAUUUCAAGCAUAAAAGAAAGUAUAAAAAAUAUCAAAUUCUUUUUAUCCGAUCCGAUUCUGCAUUACAAAUAAUAAUAAAGUGUGAGAAUGAAUAUUAUUUAAAUUAAAUUAAGCUACACGCUUUCUAGAAUUUGAAAAUGAGAAAGAAAAAAAUCAUAUUCGGAAAUUGAAAGAUUACCUCAUAUUGAAAAAGAUCUUAAUUUAUACUUUAUGUCGCACUUACCAUCCCUAAACUCACUGUUUUGUUUGAAAAAAAUCUUUCGUUCCACAAAUUUAGC